AUGUCGACUACCUCGCUCCAGCAAUUCGCCAACUCCUUUUCCCCUUUCUCCACUUCUCAGUCGGCGAGAAUGACACAGUCCCAGACCGUCGGCCUGGACACUCUCGCCGAGGGUUCGCAGUACGUUCUGGAACAGUUGCAGCUGUCGCGAGAAGGCGGCUCCGCCGAGAACAAUGCAUCGAAUGCACUCAGACAUUCCCUUUCCAGCUCCAAGGACCAGCUCUACGGCGACAACAACCCCAGCUUCAAGCCCGCUUCCGUGCGCGAUUCUCUCGCCGAAGCGCGCUCCAUGAUCCGCAAAAACUCAUCGUCUGCGCCUGUUCGGCGGAGAAUUAGUCGCGCGUGUGAUCAAUGCAACCAGCUUCGGACCAAAUGCGAUGGCGAGAAUCCAUGCGCCCACUGCAUAGAGUUCGGAUUAACAUGCGAAUACGCUCGCGAACGCAAGAAACGUGGAAAGGCUUCAAAGAAGGAUCUCGCAGCGGCGGCGGCAGCAGCUGGGCGCCCGAAUGAGCAUCCAUCCCCUCCGGACCGACGCCCGUCCAUGGAGGCAAGUGGCCGCUAUGACCCUGCCCUCGAGACUGCUCGAGUACAAUCGCAGUUACCACCGACUAAUGGACUAGCGGGAAUACAGUCCGGUCAUUCAGCGGCGGCGCACCCUCAGCCUCCACUGGGAUCUACCCUUGAUGGUCUCCAUCUGAAUCAUUUUGGCAAUUUAAAUGACUCGAACCGCCCACAGAUGGCCGUUCCUGAUCUGCGAUCAUUGCAACUCUUGCAGAACAAUCCACGCUCGCCUCCGUCCGUUCUUCCACCGCACGGCCUGAAUGCCUACAAUGACAGCGCAUUCUCUCUGCUAAACGCACCGGAGCCGAACUCAACCUCACUCAACCACUUCCGACUUGGAAACUCUACAGACAACACUUCUGCUCAGUUCCUAGGCCUCUCGCCGCCGGCGCAGUCACCUGGCUGGCUCCCGUUACCCUCUCCGUCUCCCGCGAAUUUCCCUUCCUUUCCUAUGGCGCCGUUUUCUACUAGCUUACGAUACCCCGUUUUGCAACCUGUUCUUCCUCAUAUUGCAUCCAUAAUCCCUCAGUCACUUGCGUGCGAUCUCCUCGACCUCUACUUUACGAGCUCCUCCUCUUCUCACCUGUCUCCCCAAUCCCCUUAUGUCGUCGGCUAUAUAUUCCGAAAGCAGUCGUUCCUGCACCCGACAAAACCACGAGUCUGCUCUCCUGGAUUAUUAGCGAGUAUGCUAUGGGUGGCUGCGCAGACCAGCGAUGCUCCCUUCUUAACUUCACCGCCAUCUGCCCGGGGCCGAGUAUGCCAGAAGCUCCUGGAGUUAACCAUCGGUUUGCUGCGACCACUGAUCCACGGACCGGCUCUCGGCGAAGCGUCACCAAAUUAUGCAGCUAACAUGGUAAUAAAUGGGGUUGCCCUCGGCGGAUUCGGUGUCUCGAUGGAUCAGCUUGGCGCUCAAAGUACGGCCACGGGUGCAGUUGAUGAUGUAGCAACGUACGUGCAUCUCGCCACGGUGGUAUCUGCAAGCGAGUACAAGGCUGCUAGCAUGCGAUGGUGGACGGCUGCUUGGUCAUUGGCACACGAACUCAAACUGGGUCGCGAAUUACCUCCGAACGCCUCGCAACCCGGCCAAGAUGGAGAGCGGGAAAAUGACGUGGAUGACCCAGCCAAGCGCACCGCGUCUUCCCUGCUGUCCGCGCAUGGCCCCGGAAACGCGAAUGUCAACGUGACAGAAGAGGAACGGGAGGAACGGCGGCGCCUCUGGUGGCUUCUAUACGCGACUGAUCGCCAUCUCGCGCUUUGCUAUAACAGGCCAAUUACCUUGCUGGACAAGGAGUGCUCGCAGUUAUUGCAGCCGAUGAACGAUGAUUUGUGGCAGGCUGGGGAAUUCCCUUCUGCUAGCUACCGCGCCGUUGGCCCCCCAAUCGAAUGCGCCGGUCAUAGCAUGUUUGGAUAUUUCUUGCCGCUGAUGACAAUCUUAGGAGGGAUCAUUGAUCUGCACCAAGUCAGAGAGCAUCCUCGGUACGGCCUUGCGUUCCGUAAUGGCACCGAGUGGGAUCAGCAUUCCAUGGAGAUCACGCAACAGCUGGACGCUUACGGGCAGAGUUUGAAAGAGUUCGAGGCGCGAUAUACAAACAGCCUGACAUAUGCCGAGAAUGAGCAAGCAGAGAAUCCGCAUUUAGACCACGUGAGUCCAUCUGGCCGAUCAAGCAGCACUGUUGGAUCCCGCGUCAACGAGUCGAUUGUGCACACAAAGAUGGUCGUCGCCUACGGGACGCAUAUCAUGCAUGUCCUGUACAUUCUGCUUGCUGGGAAGUGGGACCCGAUCAACCUUUUGGAAGACCACGACAUGUGGAUAUCCUCCGAGUCUUUCCUUGCGGCAAUGAGCCACGCUGUCGGCGCCGCAGAGGCGGCGGCGGAUAUCCUCGAGUAUGACCCGGACCUCAGCUUCAUGCCAUUCUUCUUCGGCAUUUACCUACUACAAGGUAGUUUUCUGUUGCUACUCGCUGCGGAUAAACUACAGGGCGACGCCAAUCCCAGCGUUGUUCGGGCUUGCGAGACCAUUGUCCGGGCGCACGAGGCGUGUGUCGUGACUUUGAAUACAGAAUAUCAGCGAACAUUCCGAAAAGUAAUGCGCUCGGCCCUUGCCCAGGUCCGCGGGCGCGUACCGGACGACUUUGGCGAGCAGCAGCAGCGCCGACGCGAAGUGCUAUCCCUCUACCGCUGGACCGGCGAUGGCACCGGGCUUGCGCUUUAG